GACUCGUUGCCUGGUCGCCACUUCCGGCGGUGCGGGAAGUCCGGAAGUGGUGAUGGCGCGGCCGUUGGGCCGGUUGCUGCGGGCGCGGGUGCGCAGCGCGCGUGUCGGUGUCGGUGUCGCGCCCGCGGUCACGAUCACGGCGGCGGAGCUCGCGGCCCGGCUGCGGCGGGAAACGGAGCCUCAGGAAGGGAAUAGCGAGCCACCCAGCGUCGGGCAGCAGCUGAGGAAACUGACCCGUCCCCUACAGCGGGUCCAUCCCAAUGUGCUGGCCAAGGUGUUGAGGGAGCGUAUGCUCUUCCAGAGCCCAGACCUGGUGGUGGUGGAUAAACCGUAUGGGCUCCCGAUGGAAGACUGCCCCAGUGGGGGCCCCAGUAUCCGGGCAGCGUUGCCGGCACUGGCCCAGAUGCUGUACGGGAUGGGGACAGGGUCCCUGCACCUCUGUCACUGGCUGGGCAAGGACACGAGCGGAGCGCUGCUGCUCGCCCCCCACCCAGCCUCAGCCCGGGACGUCCAGCUGCAGCUCCGCACCCAGCAGCUGCUGCCCACCUUCUGGGUGGUGACAGUGGGGGUCCCGGUGCCGUCGCAAGGAGUGAUCGACAUCCCUCUGGUGGAGCGAGAGGCCAGCAGGCCCAGGAAGCACUUCAAGAUGGCUCUGGCUCCCCGGUUUCGGGUGGGAGAGGCGGAGGGGCAGCUGGUGAGCGUGGGUGGCGAUCGCUCUGCGUUGCCGGCUGUGACACGUUACAGGGUGCUGGCGACCGCUGGGCCCGCCGCCCUGGUGGAGGUGCAGCCCCUCACAGGGGUGAGGCACCAGGUGCGGGUCCACAUGGCCCAGGCCCUGGGCUGCCCCCUCCUCGGUGACCACAAGUACUCUCGCUGGAGCAGCCUGGAGCCGCAGACUCUCCCCACGCGGCUGCUGAAACUCCUGAGUCUCUCCCAGCCCCAAGCCCGGGACCUGGGCCUCCACCUGCACUGCCGGCAGCUCCUCCCCGCCCCCGAGAACCCCCUCCCCCUCCCCCACCGCCUCCCCCCACCCCCCGCACACUUCCUGCACUCCCUCAGGAGGCUGCGGCUCCCCUUCCCCCGAGUGGACAGACCCCCAGAGACAGACUGAUGAGGCUGGUGUGGGGAGAGAAUUAUACCCUCAGGAGGGCAUCCUCCACCCCCUUUUCCAUUCCCCCACCCUCCACUCUUCCCCUGGCCCUUAAUACGACAGACCCUCUCUAACAGACUGGGGGGGGGGGGGGGAGAAAAUUAUUCACCCGCAGGAUGGGCCAUUAGUCUCCUCUCUCCCGUCCCAGACUGCGGAAAAAUUGGAGCGAAGGGGGGAGUGAAGGAUUCGCAGACGCCUCUUCCCCUCUCUCUCCACCCUUACACCAGCCAACGCUGGAGGGUUGGGGGUGGGAGGGAGAGACUGAUUCACAAAGCAGGACAGACCACAGAGACCUCUCUCCUCCCCUCCCUCCUUCCCCCUCUCCAAGUCUGCUGGGGGAUAGGGCAGUUGCUUCCAAGAUGGCUCACAAACCAGGCACAUUUUUUUUUUGUGUGUGCGCUAGUGACAGAAACAGAUCUACAAUCACAUAUUACAAUCGCCCCACACUCUUAUAAUCUCUACUCCUACAGCAACAUUUCUUCUUUCUUUACUUUGCACUAAACGUUAUACCCUUAUCAUUGAAAAUGGCUCGAUUGUAUUUAUAUUUUGUCUUUCUGCUGACUGGUUAGCAUGCAACAAAAGCUUUUCACUGUACCUCAGUACACCCGACAAUAAACGAAUGUGAAUUUAACGAUGGAA